ACAUAUAUAUUUGAAGCUUCUUUUUCACACAUUCCUACAUUAUAGGCAAAGCCGCGUCUCUCUCUCUCUCUCUCUGUUUUUUCCUCUGUAACUUCCCUCUUCUUCUUCCCUCUGCUUCUCUCUGUUUUGUGCCUUUUCGGCUGUAGAUCUGAGCGCCGAAAAGCUUGAAAGCAGUGAAAAAUGAGAGGUUUCGCUUUCUUCGAUAGAGUUUCUAGAGCUUUCCAUGACUAUCCUUCGGUUCCCAAAGUGCUCGUGGUCGUCGCCGUCAGUGGUUGCGGCCUUGUGGCUUACGCUGAGGCAAACCCUGAGCGAAAACUGGCCAGCAGCGCGCCUGUCCUAACUUCAGCUGAAGUGGACAAUAAGAAAAAGAAGGUUGUGGUACUUGGAACUGGCUGGGCUGGAACAAGUUUCUUAAGGAAUCUGAAAAAUCCAGAUUAUGAGGUUCAUGUCAUAUCACCUCGGAAUUACUUUGCCUUCACCCCUCUGCUACCAAGUGUUACCUGUGGUACAGUGGAAGCUCGCAGCAUUGUUGAACCAAUUCGAAAAAUUGCUAGAAAGAAAACUGUAGGUGUUCAAUUCAGUGAAGCUGCAUGUCUCAAGAUCGAUGCAGUAAACCAGAAAAUCUAUUGCCGAUCCAAUGUAGAAAACAAUUUGAAUGGACAAGAAGAGUUCGUUGUGGAUUAUGACUACCUUAUAGUAGCUGUGGGAGCCAAUGUUAAUACAUUCAAUACUCCUGGUGUCGUUGAGAACUGCCAUUUCUUGAAGGAAGUAGAAGAUGCUCAAAAGAUCCGAAGAACUGUUAUUGAUUGCUUCGAAAGGGCAAGCCUUCCAACUGUUAGCGAUGAGGAGAAGAAGAGAAUUCUUCAUUUUGCUGUUGUUGGUGGUGGCCCAACUGGUGUGGAGUUUGCUGCAGCACUUCAUGAUUUCGUCAACGAGGAUUUAGUCAAAUUGUAUCCCGGGGUCAAAGAUCUAGUUAAAAUAACACUUCUCGAGGCUGGAGAUCAUAUUCUGAAUAUGUUUGAUAAAAGAAUCACAGCUUUUGCCGAAGAAAAAUUUCAAAGAGAUGGUAUUAAUGUGAAAACAGGAUCCAUGGUUGUGAAAGUAACUGAAAAAGAAAUCUUUACCAAAGAAUUGAAAAAUGGAGGGGAAGUUUCGACCAUGCCUUAUGGAAUGGCACUCUGGUCAACUGGUGUAGGAACGCGUCCCUUCAUAAAGGAUUUCAUGAGUCAAGUUGGUCAGGCUAAUCGACGGGUGUUAGCAACUGAUGAAUGGCUGCGAGUGGAGGGAUGUGACAAAGUGUAUGCAAUUGGUGAUUGUGCCACAAUAAAUCAGCGCAAAGUCAUGGAAGAUAUCGCUGCCAUAUUCCGAAAGGCGGACAAGGAUAAUUCAGGAACACUCACAGUUGAGGAAUAUAAAGCAGUGAUUAAUGAUAUUUUUGAAAGGUAUCCUCAAGUGCAGCUUUAUUUGAAGAGCAAACAGAUGAAGAAUAUGGUUGAUCUUUUGAAGGAAACACCGGAUGUUUCAAAAGGAUCCGCAGAGCUGAAUAUUGAAGAUUUCAAAACAGCUCUUUCAAAAGUGGAUUCCCAGAUGAAAAAUCUUCCAGCUACAGGCCAGGUUGCUGCUCAACAAGGUGUCUACCUUGCCAAGUGUUUUAACCGAAUGGAAGACUGUGAGAAAAAUCCAGAAGGUCCUCUCAGAUUCCGUGGGGAAGGCCGCCAUCGGUUUCGCCCGUUUAGGUACAAGCAUCUUGGACAAUUUGCUCCUCUGGGUGGAGAGCAAACAGCAGCCCAGCUUCCUGGGGAUUGGGUAUCGAUCGGCCACAGCUCCCAGUGGCUUUGGUAUUCUGUUUAUACAAGCAAACAAGUGAGCUGGCGCAACAGGGCAUUGGUGGUAACAGACUGGGUUAGGCGUUUCAUCUGGGGGAGGGAUUCAAGUCGCAUUUGAGGCACAUUUCAUUUCAAUUCAACUGCCAGAAGCUAUCUUAUCUUAACAAGAGAGUUUUGACAAAUAAAGAACAAGUUUUGUUUUCCGGAUUCAAGUGGUUGGUUGAUUGACGAAUGAGUUCAGGUGAAGAAGAAGCAGCAGAUCCUUGAUGUAGUAGUUGUAUCGGAUUCGUCGACUCACCUCGCCAUUGUUUUUAUUUUUUAUUUUUUAUAGUCCUCUUUAAAUAUACGGAUAUUAUAUCCCUAACCCUUUGCUGCUGUUACUGGAAUGAUUAUGUGUGGGAUUUGAAGGUCCCAAAUUUUGCAGUUAUAUUCCGUCUUAUUUU